AUGACUGCACCGUUCCGCUACAAGCCGGAGCCCUUGGUGGUGGCUCUCUGCGAAGCAUCUGCUCGUGGAAACAUCAACCACAUCUCAUCUCUGAUAUCUUCGGGCGCCAACGUCAACGGGCGUGAUGAAAGUGGGAAGACGCCCAUCGUGCGUGCUAUUGAGGGCAAACAGAUCGAUGCCGUGAGGGAGCUUUUAGACCAUGGUGCAUCUCGCGAGGCCUGUGAUACAGCCAAAAAGUUACCCCCGCUGUUCUGGGCCGCCGAAGGUGGUGAUCUGGAAAUCGCAGCACUGCUGCUACAACGUGGGUGCGAUCCGCGUGAGAAGACGAUGUUCAGUAGCUCGUAUUUUGCAGACACAGUCUCAAAAGGAAACGUCGAGAUGGUGCAACUACUUCUCAACUAUGGAGCUGAUGUCAACGCCACAGACUCAGUAGGCCGAGGACUCAUCUUCCAUGCCUAUUCGAAAGGAUCCAUGGAAAUGGUUAAGCUACUUCAAUCCCGAGGUGCCAAUGUGAACGCACGAGACAUCUCAGGAUCGCCGAUAGUUGUGUUAGCAUUACAGGAUGGUCGCAUCGAUAUGCUGAAAUUUCUGCUCGAUCACGGCGCUGAUGUCAACAGUCACACUAUCACAGGAUCGCCGCUGCUGAUCGAGGCGCUGCAGAAGGGCCGCCUUGACGUGAUCAAGAUGUUACUCGACAAGGGUGCAAACCCCAAUGUAUCCGAUAUCACAGGCAAUCCAAUCAUAUUGGUUGUUAUCAAGAGCUCAAAGUUCAAUGUUCAGGAGAAGACAGAGCUGGCUCGCUUGCUGCUGUCGCGAGGUGCCAAUCCCAAUGUCUCGGACUCCUGGACCUGGUCGGCUAUGAGCUACAUAAUCGACAAAGGACAUACAGAGCUCAUCCCACUCUUCAUCGAAAGCGGAGCUGAUCCCAACCAGACCAUCGCAACUGGUGACACUUUACUUCUUUAUGCAAUCGAGACGAGACAAACCGAUCUAGUGGCCCAGCUCCUCAGGCACGGCGCGAAUCCAAAUGCUGUAGAUAAGAAGAGCAGAACGCCACUUAUGCAGGCGCUGCGGAAGAGGGACACGGGAGCAGCGAGGUUACUCGUGCAGCAUGGAGCAGACCCGAAUAAGGAAGGAAUGGUCUCGCCGCUCGCGUUUGCUAGAGCUCUGGGCGACGACGACAUUGCUGCUUUCUUGUGUACUCACGGGGCAACUCCUGAAGCUGACGAUAACAUUAUUGCUACUCGACCUGUAGUGCCAAAUACACAAGCAACUGGGCAGCCUCGAAGGUCGGCAAGAUCCAGUCACCCGACUGUGGAGCAGCCGCCGGACUAUGACGCCGUCUUGAAACAAUAG